AUGUCAGGAUCAGCCCCCGAGGAGCCUCAGACCAUUCCUCAGAGCCCAGCUAGUGCUCCUGACCCCGCUCCCGUUGCUGUCGGACCUGGAGGCUCAAGUGACAGUUCCUUUGGUGAGCAAAACCUUGGCUUCGCCACCCCCGAGGCCAGCCUGGUGGAGAUGAUGGACAUUGAGUACACCCAGCUGCAGCACAUACUUUGCUCGCACACGGAGGCUCAGAGUAGUGAAGGUGAAGUGGAAGCCAGGCUCAGCGCUUUCUCCUCGCCUGGUCCCUCUGCAGACCCCCCUCUGCAGCAGCCCUCCCCCAGCACCAGUCAGGACGGGGGCUCGUCCAGCAGCUCUGGGAACCAGUCGGUCUGCCCAGUUACCUGCCAGUCAGGGUUACCUUGUGACAGCUAUUGGCCGAGUUCUAACCCACACUUGGGCUAUGCUGACUUGCAGGAGCUCAGAAUGAUGUUGCUUAGCGAGUCCAACCUCCCUCUGAACCAAAGAGAGAAAGCGCCCAACAGUAGCUCUGUAGAAGUCUCAGGAUGCAGUGUAGUAAAAGCUAAACAGGGUGAAAAUUUCUUGGGGGACAAUAAAGAAAACAUAUUUGUUGAAAAUUCGGCACUGGCACCAGAGCUUAGAUCUAAACCUGCAGUCAGAGCUCGGUUGGAAGACAGAUUCAACAGCAGCCCGACAGAAAACCCCAGAUGUCAAGAACCCCAAGAAUCUGGAGUAACUCUUAACAAUUUAGUGACACUGAUUCGCCAGCCCUCGGAAGUGGUGGGUGUUCCUCUUCACCAGCAAGGGAACAGGUGUGCUGCACUUGGGAAAAAUAAGGCUGCACCUGCCACACAUUCCUUGCCAUUCACGUACCCGUUCUUUACCAUGAAUGCAUGUUCUGCUGCUGGAAGUGCUAAUCCUUCCCAAGCACAGACCUGUGGAACAUCUUGCACUAUUUUGGAAGCUGCCAAACAUCAAGAUCUUGGGAUACCCAAGACAUUCCCUUUCCUCUAUCAGGAAGUUGAAUCCACAAAACAGACAGUAGGUGCUAUAAAUAAAGCUUUGCCUGAGGAAGUUUGGAUUAAAGUUGGAGACACCUUAUGCAAGCAAGCCAUAAACAGAAGUUGCAGCCGAAUAAACCCCUUGGAUCCAAACAUGGAUCGCAAACCUCUGGGUGAGAUUCGAAAUGCCCGUGACAACAGCCAGGGCAGUGGAGCUGCCCAGGGCCCCUGGCAGUCAGCGCAGCCUGGCUCCAGCGUGCAGGUCCCAAGUGGAACACAGGACGGGAGUGCUCAGCGCAGGGAACGACACAACCGCCUGGAGAGAGACAGAAGGCGCAGGAUCCGGGUUUGUUGUGACGAGCUGAAUCUCCUGGUUCCGUUCUGCACGAUUGACACUGACAAGGCAACAACUUUGCAGUGGACAACUGCGUUCCUGAAGUACAUUCAGGAAAGGCACGGAGACUCUCUGAAGCAGGAAUUUGAGACUGUGUUCUGUGGUAAAACAGGCAGGAGACUAAAAAUAGGAAGACCAGAUUCAUGUGUAAUGUGCCCAGCGCAGGAAAACCGCACAGCUAUGGAGACCAAAUAGUCAGACCUGACCACCUUGAAUUGUGCCACAAUGGUCCAAACUGUGUUUUAUUCUUUCCAUUUACUUGCUGAAUAUGAAUUGUGAAAUGUAAAUAUAUAUAAAUAGAGCUUUAAAGAAAAUGUUCUUUAUUGAAAAAUGGAAAUGAAAGUUAACUACCAGCAAUGGAAACCAGUGCCCUGCUCAAGAGGCUUUGGGACCAGAAGCUACACGAAAAUGUCAUGACAGCCAAGUAUUU